UUUGAAAGUGAGUUGACAUGUUUGAAUUUCGGUAAAAAUUCACUAACGUGCAACGACUACGACGCUACGAUAGUAAUGCGAGAUAAUUUCUAUUCUCGUUAAAUUUUUCACGACACUAUAAUAGUGGCCGCUCCGUGUGGCUGUGAUUGCGAGCGUUCUUACUAUCAAAAUAUAUAGAUCGGCGAUCACCAUUGACAUCAUUUAUCACUCAUCAGACAUUCAGACGACAUUAUGGACAAUUUAUCCUAGACGAACGUUGAACCGAAAUAAUAUUUUAUUAAACUUGUCUAACGAUUAAUGGAUAAUACUACUGUAGUAAAUAUGAGUGACCUCAGCUUUAGUGAUGCAGUUACAAAACUAGAUACGCCAUUUGAUGUGUUUAAAUUCGAUUGUAAGGAUAUGAUAUCAAAUUCCGAGGCAUUUAAAUUACGUCAGGCAUUACUUACUAUGACAUUUAAAAAAAAAUCCUGUGAUCUUUAUUCGUUUUCUCAAUCAUCAGACUUCAUUCGUUCCACAAAUAUUAAGAAACCUAAGGAAGUCGAACAGUUUUUAAUAUUUCUGGAAAAAAUAAAACAAAAUAUAGCUGCUUACUUAGGAAAAACAUUUAAUAACAUGAUUAGUGUGUCUUGUUCUAAAUAUGAUCACGGAGAUUACUUACUUUGUCACGAUGAUCGUGUUGACGAUAGAUCUGUGGCAUUCAUAUACUAUUUAAAUUAUGAUUGGCUUCCGGAAUGGGGUGGCACAUUAGAUGUUUAUUCUGUUGAUGAUAACAAUUGUGCUACAGAAAUUGUAAAAAAUAUUAAUCCAGAAUUUAAUUCUUUGAUUUUUUUCCCUGUUGAAAGAUAUACCUAUCAUCAGGUGGCUGAAAAUACAUCUACCUUUUCUCGUAUUUCCAUUAAUGGCUGGUUCCAUUGUGAUGACCUGUCUUGGCAAAUGUAUCCCUAUCCAUUCAAAUGUUUAUCUCCAUUUUAUACACCACAUGCAGUUUCUGCUAAUAGGUGUAGGUCAGUUGCUGAAAUGUGCAUAGAACCAAUGUUUGAGGAACCUAUUUUUAGAGAAGCUAUUCGAGAUACAUUCAUUAAAGAUGGAUUUAUAAUGUGUGAGGGAUUUUUCAAAUCAAGUAUGGUAGACCAUUUAAGCAACGAGAUAUUUUCCAAUAACAUGCAUUGGAAAAUCAAAGGACCUUUAAACAAAAAGCAUUACAAAUAUGUAGAUCUUGAUGAAUUACCACUCACAAUGUUGUUUGUUGUUAAUAUGUUAAAGACUGAUCGCAUGUUUCAAUUUUUCCAAGAAUGCUCAGGUUUUGAAUUUCUUGGUGUAAAUAUUGAAGUGCAAAGAUGGCAUGGUGGACACUAUAUGGUAUCGGGCGGAAAUGAUGGUUUAGCUGGUUUUAACGUAUUAAGUGUAUACUUGUUCUUUAGCCAAUGUUUUGGUGAAAUGUCUGAUGCUAAUAAAGACGAUCUACACUAUGUAUUUGAAGAGAAAGAUACAUUAACACCAAAAUUUGCAUGCAAGCCUCAGCACAACACUAUUUUUAUGGUAAAUCGGGAUUCCAACAUGGAUUCAUAUGUUAAAUAUUGUAAAAUAGUUGACGGCCAUGCAUGGACUGUUGUUGUUGCAAAUUAUUUGAUUAAAAACGACCAUAGAUUAGAUUGUAAAUUACACAGAUUCGACGAUUGAUUUUAUUUAUAAUUUUGACAUUACUACGUUUACAAAACAUCAAUAAUUUUCCUAUUGUAAUGUGCUUAUUAUUAUUUUUUUUUGUGAUUAAAUCAUUAUAAAUGAAUAGUUUUAUAUUCGUUUUCUCAACUAAGUGUUCUUAAUUUAUUAGUUAUUAUUUAUAGAAAAAAUUAAUGUUAAAAUAUUACAAUUACAAUCUAAUUUUGAUAUUAUAAUAUAAUUAUCAUUUACCUAAAUAAUGGGUCUCUAAUAUUUGUCUUAAAUAAUAAAAAAUAUAACUUUAAGUAUUGCAUAUUAAACAAUAUUAUUAUAUACUAUGCAUAUUAGUAUAUAACAUAAUGUUAUUAUAUUUAAGACUAUUAAAAAUUUAUAUGUUUUUGUAUUAGAAAUGAAAUAUAGAUUUUCUAUGAAGUCAUGUUAAAACACUUUAGCCAUAUUAUAUCAAAUUUUGUAAUUUCAUAAAAACUAAGACCUGUAUAGUGUUUGAAAUCUUUGUAAAAAAAAAAUUAAUGUAAAUAAAAAUGUAAAAUAAAACUGACUGUUUAAUAAAUA